AUUGCCACUUUGAUUAUUUGUCAAUGUAAAUUCAAAGAAUGUUGAACAAAAAUUGAAGCAUUCCUUGGACUGAGUAUUAGCAAACUGGUGGCAGUAGCAAGUUUGGAGUUAUAUAAACACAACGUGUGAUGCCAAUAAAAUCAUCUAUAGAUCUUUUGUUUUGAGAACUGUCUAUACAGAAAACAAAACCCAGGAAACAAAUAGAAAAUAUAGAACUUGAUCAUAACCAACUAUUAGUUGGAACAAAUCAAGAAAUAUGUCAAAUAAGCAUCAUGAGGACUAUUAUAACGACAAAUAUACAAACAAUGGAUUCGUAAAGGACCUACCCCCGGCAUAUAAUGCAGUAGAAAAUACUAAUGUAGCCUCAGAAAUCCCUCCCAAAGGUGCAAAAGAGACGGCGACGGAAGAUGAUUCUAUUUCAAACGUCAGUGCUAAAGAAACGUUUUCCUGUGGGUUUGCUACCACAUUCAAGGAGCUUUGGGCAUAUAGAAAUACUUUGAUCAUUAUCCUGACCCCACUUGUACUGCUACCCAUUCCAAUUAUCAUAAACACUGAACCGUCAAGGGCAGGUUACCUGCUACUAUGGAUGGCUACAUGGUGGGUCACAGAAUGCGUACCUAUAGCUGUGACAAGUCUGCUACCUGUAGUUAUUCUACCCUUGAUGGGGGUCAUGAAACCUGGCCAGAUUAGCAUCAACUACAUGAGGGAGACUGCCAUGUUGUUUAUUGGUGGACUAGUGGUUGCUAUAGGAAUCGAGAAAUGGAAUCUCCAUAAAAGAAUUGCCUUUAGGAUAUUAUUGAUAGUAGGAUCUAAACCAGUUUGGUUAAUGAUGGGUUUCAUGUUGGUGACCUGGUUCUUGAGUAUGUGGAUUAGUAACACUGCAACCACAGCUAUGAUGCUGCCUGUUGUGUCUGCAGUCCUCGACCAACUUGACCCCACCAAAUUAGAUGAUGAAAUGGAUACUGAAGACGAACAUGAAUCACUAGAAAAGAACAAUCAUGCUAACAACGGCAGUGCUGGGACUGAGAUGAAACAGUUGUCUGCCUCUACAACACAUAGUGAGGUCACCCUAGACCACCAGCAAACAGAGGCAGAGAAAGCGGAAAGGGCAGAGCAGUGGAAGAAGGAAUACCAAAAUUUGUGCAAGGGCAUGAACAUAUGCAUAUGUUAUGCUGCAAAUAUAGGUGGCACUGCAACUCUCACCGGGACAACGCCUAACCUUAUUAUGCAGGGGUCAAUAGGCAACCUUUAUGAAGAACGAGGGUUGAAGUCUCCAUUAAGUUUUGCGACAUGGAUGGGUUUUGGAUUACCCGGGGCUGCUAUCAGCGUCAUUCUAUGCUGGCUGUGGCUUCAGAUCUACUUCUUUGGCUUCAAAGGAUCAAUAUUUGGACUUUGCUGUGCCAAAAGAACUGCCCGUGGAGACCGUGAGAGUGAAGCUGUAUUAAAAGUUCUGAGAAGAGAAUAUGAAAAGCUAGGCCCUUGGUCAUUUGCCGAGGUGAUGAUUUUAAUUCACUUUGUUGCACUUGCUCUAUUAUGGCUACUCAGGGACCCACAAUUCAUUCCUGGAUGGGCCUCACUUUUCAAAGAAGGGUAUAUUAAAGAUUCAACACCGGCCGUUAUUAUAACGAUAUUACUGUUUAUUGUACCAGCUAAAAAACCAACAUUCUUCUGUCUUCGCAAACCAGGUGAACGCAGGGGGCCAGUGACUGCAUUAAUGGACUGGGAAACUGUAGAGGAAAAGUUUCCCUGGGGAGUGUUGCUACUACUUGGAGGGGGCUUUGCAUUGGCAGAAUCUGCUACGGUAUCAGGAUUGUCAGCCUGGAUCAGUGAGCAGUUAACAGGCUUAAAGAAUCUACCUCCCUGGGCCAUGGUGAUGAUAAUCUGCUUCGCCGUUGCUAUGAUCACACAGGUCACUAGCAACACAGCAAUAACCACACUCAUGAUGCCCAUAUUGAGUGGUCUGUCUAUAAAUAUUGGAUUGCACCCCAUGAUACUUAUGCUCAGCGCUACUAUAGCAGCGAGUUGUGCUUUUAUGUUGCCUGUAGCAACGCCUCCAAAUGCAAUUGUGUUUGCGUAUGGUCACGUCACAGUAGUUGAUAUGGUGAAAGCAGGGUUUAUGAUGAACUGUGUAUGUGUCCUUGUGAUCACACUUGGCAUCAAUACUUGGGGAAAUGCCAUGUUUAAUCUUAGUGUAAUGCCAUGGAACACUACGACACCUGUUGCAAAUGCCACAAUGCUGUAUGCUCCUGUGAGCCCCAUAGUUGAUAACCAACUCUGGAACCAAUACAUUGAACAGUAUUAGAUAUU